CAAAUAUUCAGCUUGUUUCACUCUUGCUAAAUAUUGACAAUCCUGCGACCCAUACUCAAAGUGCUAAAGUUGUUAAAAUAUGUCAGCUGCAUGCGUUGCUGUCCAUGCAGCAACAUUGGAUCGCCAAACCGAGUAUCCUGAAAUGCGAGUGAUCGGAACAAUUGGGAGCAAGACAUUUUACACGACCUUAAACUCCACCUUCCAAGUGAGGUGGGACGCAGCCAGGCAAAUUUGUCGACAGUCGGGCAUUCAAUUUGCAAUCUUCCAAUCCGACGCCGAGUUUGAUUUUGUUCGAGCUAACGUCGCCCCCUCAUCACAACUUUGGAUUGACGCCAGCAUGCGAGAAAUCGAGACUCUGACCGGGAGGGCGGCGUUCGUUUAUGGCGAUGGUUCCGACGUGUCGACGAAGAACGUCAUGAUCCACCCCACGAACUGGGUGUGCCUCUACUUUUCCGCCGACGACCACAUUUUCUCAGGAAUGUGCGCCGAACAAAGAGGAGUCCUCUGCCACAUGAAUAACGCAAAUGGAACCAUUUCCCAAUAAUUUCUUGCUUUAUGCAAUCUUUCAAACAUACUUAAAUUCAAAAUUAUCUUCCAACUAUUUACGAUCAGUUAAUA